AUGAUCAUGCUUUCGAGUAGAGAUUAUUGUCAAAACUUGUGUUUGUUGACCAAACUGUUCCUCAAACACAAGACCGUGCACGAGUCCGAUCAAGUUCCCACAUUCCUGUUCUAUGUGCUCACGGAAUAUCAUCCCGAAGGUCAUCGCAUUCUGGGAUACUUUUCAAAGCAAAAACCCUGUGAUCCACAUGAGACCGGCUCAACCGCGGUCAUCUACAACAACCUCUCGUGUAUUCUCACCCUACCGCAAUACCAGUGUUGUGGAUAUGGUCGAAUGUUGAUCGAGAUGAGCUAUGUGCUCAGCCUGUUAGAAAAUCGAAUUGGAUCGCCGGAACGCCCGCUCUCGGAUCGUGGCCUCAUAUUGUAUCGUAAAUAUUGGAAGUGGGAAAUUCUCUCCUAUCUAUCUCGUUAUACGGAAAAAACGAUAAACAUUCGAAAUAUGAGUCAAGAGUUGGGAAUUGCCAUACCGGACAUUGUGAGCACAUUAUUGGACAUGAAAAUGUUGGUCUACUUUCGUACACAGUACUAUAUUGUGCAUAACAAAACUGCUGUGGAGCAAUUACUCGGUUCCAUGAAACCUCCGGACCCCGCAAGACGCAUUGACAAGUCGUGUCUACACUGGACCCCUCAUUCGAUUGUACCUAUGAACAAAUCAACCCGAGGUCACGAUCUGUCCUCCAAACCCUGA